GAGAAAGGCCGAAGGGCAUAGGCCAAUAGCCAUAGCUGUCUCUCUUUGUGAGAGAUGCCGCAGCCAAGCAAGGAGCCCUGCAAGAAAGAGGCAUGUGACAUUCAAGCUUGCCUCUCCAAGAACAACUUUCUCCCACAAAAGUGCCUUAAAGUCAUUGAGUUGCUGGACUCCUGUUGUGCGAAACGCGAUUAUAAUUCAACUCACUGUGCUUCCCUUUCGGGACUUUUGAAGCAAAAGCCCAAGUGAGAGAUGAGUUAUAUUUUCAGAUUAAUGAUGACCACCGGGUUGCAUUUGCUCAUUUUGUCUACUGAUUGCGGACCCACCCAAUUAACUGAGAUGAGUAGUUGAUGCGAGGGGGAAAAACCAAAUGAAAGCUGGUAAUUUUCCUUGAAUUUCUUUCAAAUUUGAAUUAGUGAUGUGCUUUUCCUACAAACAUUGAUAUUAUAGAAUUAUGAUAUUAUAGAAUUUGGGUAUUAUAAUUUUGAUUGUAAGUAUUAAUCAAUAAUAAUUAAUA